AUGCGUGCCUUUAUUUUUCUGUAUUUUGUGGCUGUUGCAUGUGCCGACCAAUUGGGCUAUAACUACCAACCAGUGGGUCAUUCGAAUUCUGGAUUAUCGUUUGCUCCUGGUGCUGGUGGUUCUCUACAAGGAUCUCUUGGCGGUGCCAGCAGUUUGGGUGCCUCUGGUCAAGCUCCCUCUUUCGGCAAUGGUUUUGGUUCGCUCGACACUAGCUCUGGCCUCAAAGAUUCUGGCUCAAAUUUAGAUGAUGUUGAUGGUGAUUUCCAAAAGGAAUUCUUCACCUUCUCUGCCAACGAUGAAGAUUUCAAUGAACCCAAUGCCGAUGAACAAAUUGCCAGUAAUCUAAAGCAAAGUCUACGAGUUGUAUUCAUCAAGGGCCCCGAGAGCAACGGUUUGGAAGAUGCUGCCUUGGCUUUGGCCAAACAAGCCUCUAACCAAGAGACUGCCAUCUAUGUGCUCAACAAACAAGUGGAUCUCGCCGAAUUGGCCAACAAAUUGAAUGCUGUCAGCAGUAAUGGCAACAAUAAGCCCGAAGUUCAUUUUGUCAAAUACCGCACUGCUGAGGAUGCCGAUAAUGCCCAAAAAGCCAUUCAAGGUCAAUAUGACACCUUGGCAGGUAAAUCCCAAAGCGUCGAUGGCGGUGUAGCACCUGUUAUCAACUUUGCCUCUCAAGCUUCUGUGCCAACUGCCGCUUCCACUACUGCUCCUCCUUCUAGCUAUUUGCCUGCUUCCAUUUUCCGUCGAUACCGUUCGUAA